AUGGAAAAUGCUUGGAAGAUAAUCAAUAAUGCUAGAAUGGCUCUGGCUCUGCUGCUGAGAAUAGAAAUGCAAAGGUUAAAGAUGUGCAUCAGUUUGAAUGUGUUGCCAGAUUACCUACUCCAGCAGAGUUAUCAUGUGUUAUAUGUUGGACAGAAUUUAGUUCAACCAGAGGUGUGUUGCCAUGUGGUCAUUGAUUUUGUUAUUCAUGAAUCCAAGAAUGGGCUGAUUACAUGUUUUCAGACAUUCUUCUGUCUAGUUGCUUUUGAAGAGAUGCGUUUGUCAUCUGAAAAUACAGGUUUGGUUUUUUGGAUUGUUAGAACUCAGGUGCCAUUUGUCUACUUUGAUGUGUUUAUCUUUACCCUUUGGAUGAUUACGGUUGAAAAGUUCUCUUCUGAUGCUGCUGCUGAUGAUUCAUGUAGGCAUCCAGGAGAAGAAUUUCAGCCUGUUCUCCAUGCAAGGCUGGUUUUUCAAUCAUAA